AGCCGUCUCGGCCGAAGCGGGGCCUUUCUAGGCUUACGUCAGGCAUCCUUCGACACCAUCUACUCCGACCCCAUCUGAGAGGCCUCUAGUCCUGGCCUCCGCUGCUUCUCCCGAUGGGCAAGAAGCGAAAGAAGCCUGCCGGUGAGGAUCCUGGUCUCGUGUUCGAUGUGGCUGCCCGGCAGGAGUUCCUCCUGGGGUUCCGGAAGCGCAAGACGGCGCGCAGGAAAAAGGCCAUUUUGGAGGGGAUCGAGGCGAAGCGGCAGGACCAGAUCGAUGUCAAGAGAGACCUCCGCAACCACAUCAAGGACAGCUGGAAGCAGGUCCAGUGGGCCGACAGGCACGCGCUGAAGGUCAUCGAGGCCGGGAGCUUCGGGAGCCGGGCCAAGGCUCUGAUGGACCGGGAGGACGGCGCUGGGGCGAGCGGCGACGGGUCAUCCUCGGAGGACGACGGCAGCGGCGAGCCCGGGGCCCUGGAGGACCGGCCGCGGGCAGCCUCGACCGUCGCCUUCGAGAGGGAGGAGGACGACCCCUUCGGCGGCUGCGAGGUGACGGUCGACGGCCGAGACCUCUGCCUCCUCGGUGCCGCCUCCGCGUCCCAUCGUCGCGCGACUCGGCCGCCAGUUCCACGGCCCUGGUCAGCAGAGGUGCUCCAGGAGCCCAGCAGAUCAUCAUCAGAGACGAGGCGUAUUGGAAGCGGCGGGCGAUAUGUGCCAGGAAGGAGGCCGCUGUUAAGAAGAAGGCGUCGGCCAAGCGCCUCGCGAAGUGGGAGGUCGAGCAGAGGCGGAUGAAGAAGAAGUCCUCCAAGGCGAAGAAGGAUAAGGGGAAGAACAAGAAGCCCACCGCGAAGGCCCGGCGAAAGAGAAAGUGCAAGUGAUCUGCCACGGCGCGAGGGCGCGGCGGGUGCGUGCGCAGGCUUGUGAGACGCGCGUGCGAGGCGCCUCGCUUGUGCCCAGGCCUGCUGCCGCCAUCAUGACUGUCAGUCUUCCCACUAUUCGUCGCCGUCC